AUGCUGCAGACUGUUUUCAGGCCGCGGUCUCGUUUCGUUCAAGGUUUUUUGCGCUGUUUAGCGUGGAUUGCAUGUUCUGAAGGCAACAUUGCCAUUCUAGACUGGGUCCACCAAUUUGGAGUCGAGCUGCGUUCGACAGCUCCGAUUGGUAGCGCUGUUGGUCGUGGCGACGUUAAACUGCUGCAGUGGUUUUAUGAGAAUGGGUUUGAAGUUACGGGUCCGGGUCUGCUUGAGCCAGCAGCUGAAAAUGGCCGGCUAGACGCCGUUCGUUGGUUGACGGAGCACGGGGUUGCAGUACAUUUGCUUGAGGUGGCCAAGAUUGCUGCGAAACACAAGAAUGUCCCGGUAAUGCGGUGGCUCGUUGAACAGGGUCCAUCGCUUGACUUGCCAACAGCAACGUUGUUGGUUGUGGAAUAUAGAUACAUCGAGGUAGCUUGGUGGGUGGCUGAAAAGGACCGGGGAGACCUUGUACUGAAGGCACUGCAAAACAACGAUCGAAAUGUUGUGUGGUGGAUUCUAAUGCAUACGCAAUUUCAAGAGGAAAACACCCGACGCGAGAUUCACGACGCUAUCCAGCGAUGCCCGAGAGGUACUCAGCAAUGGCUCAAGAAUAAUAUGAAUGAUGUGUAG